UAACUUUAACAAUUUCAUCCAAGCCCUAGUUUUUAUUCAGCCUCCCCAAUCGUCUCCAUCUCUAUUCUUGAUCUCAACUCUGAACUUGCCCUCCUCUUUCUCUGUAACUCCCCAGUCGCCUCCAUCUCUCUCUCUGCAACUCCCCAAUUGCCUCCAUCUCUAAUCUCAGUCUCAACGUUGAACUUGCGCCCCCCUCUCUCUAUGCAACUCCCCAAUUAUAAUGACACGUGCCCCUCCUCCUCAACCACCCCUCUCUCUCAGCAACUCUGCCUCCAAUCUCUCUAUCACUUCUCUCACUUUCUCUCUCUACGUACAUAUACUAUACCAGUUUUGAUUGAUCAGAAUGGUGAAGCUUGCAUCGGCCCAAGAGAGUCAGAUAUACGGACCCCAGCUGGCUCAAAACCGGUCCGAGUAUAUAAACGCCGGCCUAUACAUGUUCGCCACCAUUGUUCUUCUCUAUAGCUUCGCGGUUCGGCUCGCCAGCGAGCCGAAAUUGGGUUUGGUUCUUCUACUUCUAGGCUUAGCUCUCAUAAUCUUUGUGAACGUUCAUGAUCUCCUUGCUCAUCUUGCCGGCAUCGAUUAUCGGUUGCCAUUGAUGGAAUUCGAUGUCCAGCUUGGCCUCAUCGAGUUCGCCGUCCCCGUGGUUCAGAUUACAGCUACACUUCUCUAUUUCUUGGGGAUUCUUUUUAUUUUCAUUCAGGUUGAGAUUGCGAAGUUGCUGUUGGAGGUCGGACAGACCCAUCUGUUACAGCAUUGGCCUGAGCCUGGCAUCGAUGACGAUGAGAAGCUAGCUUUCUUCGAUCAGGUUGCUCGACUUAAUGCAAACUAUCCUGGUGGGUUGGCAUCAUAUAUCAAAACUGCCAGAGAACUCCUAGCAGAUUCAAAGGCGGUGAAGAACCCAUUUGAUGGUUUUACACCUUCUUUAAGUUAACUUACUUUUGAAAUUUGUUCUGAAAUUAUGUUAAUAUAUUCUUUACAUUUGCAACUUAUGGGUCUUGUACACGUUUAUAAUCAUUUUUAAUUGACCCAAAUUAUGCUAAUGUAUUCUGACAACCAUUACACCCUCAAUUGUAUGGUCAAAGUAAAUUAGUAGUUUGAUGUGAUUAGACUCAACUAAUUAAAUGGUAGAUUGAGGUGUAUUGUCUACCACUCAAUAUUAGAUAGAUUGCUAAAUGAUUUACGAGAUUUAUAGAUAAUAUAAGUAAUGCAUCAAUACUAAAAACCAACUGGAGAAGAAGAAUCCUCAUAGCUGAACUCAAGUAAUGGGGAUUCAGGUUUGAGCUGAGUUGUAUAAGUAAAACAUCAUAAAUAUGGAAAAGCUAAAGCAUCAUAAAGUGUACUUUACACUUUCUCCUUUUCUCAUAUAACCCAAUUUUCCAUUACUCAUCUUAAUUUUCAAUUUUCAACUCAAUUUUGCAGAUAUAUAACUAAUUAUAUUAGUAGUUGAUAGAAGGAUUUAGAUGUUAAUACUCAUCUUAAAUUUCUAAACUUCCCAUAGGAGAUUGUCGUAUUAUCAUGGAGCUAGAGUAUAAUAAGGCUACAAAUGAAAAAAUUUGAUUAUGAAUAGUUUGAUUAAUCAGGUUUGGCUAAGCUAACAGGAUCAUUCAAGUUUGUUGUAAAACAAUAUUAUACUGCACAAUUGGCCUUUACCUAGAUAAGAUUGUGGAAAAAGAAGGUAUUCAGCUUUCUCGUGCAGAUUUAUUCAUUCACACACAUAUAAAUAAGGAUGGCAAUGCUACUGUUGCUGCUGCUUCGGAGAUGAUUAUAAGUUUUCAUGCUUCCAUUUUGCAAAAAAUGGGUCACGUGCCUUGAAGUGACCAAUUUUUAAACUCUUUGCGGUGUAUUAGGGGGUCACAUGCCUUGAUGUGACCAAUUUUUAAAUCAUCGGCCCGUGUGGAGGCAUUUUAAUUUCAUUGUUUAUCAUCGGCUCGUGUGGAGGCAAUUUACUUUCUUGUAUUUUUUGAAAAGCAUGGGAGUAUGGGAUCAUUGUAUGUGGAGGCUUCUUGUUGAUUGAUUUGUGUUGUGGGGGAGAAGUAUUUGUUAUUAAUCUUGAAGGGAUAAUGAGAAUUAGUUUCUUUUGAAUAGAAAAAUAAGACAAAAUAAUCCCAUCAACCAUCUAAGGUGAAUUUACCACUCUUCACUAAAAUAUGCACUCAACAGUACAUUCACCUAUACCAUUAAUAUAUUAAUUUACUCCAAUAUCUCACAUUUUCUUAAGUUUUAAAUCUCACUUUUUUUAGUAUUUCUCGCUACUAGCUAAUUGAAAUUUAUUUUUACAAAUCAUGUAAGAUUCAUUUUAGUCAUUUAAAAUCUAUAAUCAUAUAAAAUGCAUUUACAACAAACAUAUUAGUAUUGUGAUUUUAAUUUACAAUGAAAUUAAUGUUAAAAAAUUUAAAUUAUUAACGGUUCACAUAAAACUUUCGAAUCAUUAUAGUGACACCAGUUCGUUUUUCAUUGCCUAUGACAUAAUGUAAUGUUGAUAUAUUGUAAGGGACAAUGUCUCUAAACUAGUGAAGUUCAUUGAUCUUCCCAAAUUCCUUAGAAAAUUUCUCAUAAAUGUUACUAGUCUUUACUAAAUAUAUGUUUACUUAUGCCAAGAUUUCAUGUAUCUUGUUUUGUUAUUUUGAAGGGUUAUAAUUCUUUAAAUGCUCCUCCUAGAGUAUCCCCAAAUUCAUUUUCUAGUCGUGAUGCCAAUUCAAUUAAGGGUAAUUCAAAUCAAAUGGCCUAGAAGAAGACUUGUUGAAGUUGAAGUUGAAGCUGAAGCUGAAGAUGGGGUCGUGGCUGUGCUUUCAGUCUUUUCCUUCGCCUUGGAUGGGUUCUUUUUGAAAAACUUGUACUACAUUUGUCAAAAAUACUACAUUCUUUUUGUGUGACAUUUAGUAGCUUUAUCUAGACAAUUUGGAUAGUAUUUUCAUAUUGGUAGGUUAACUUGUGGUUGUAUUAGUAUACAUUUUGGCUUUUUGGUUGACAUUUACCAGCUUUAUCUAUCAGUAGCCAAUUUCGAUGGUAUUUUUCAUAUUGCCAGCAGGUUAACUUGUGGUUGUAUUAUGUAAAAAUAAUUUGGAUGGUAUUUUUAUAUUGACUGGUGUUAUAUUGGAUGAUUUUUUUUUUCAAAAACAAUAAAGGGGGAGGAAAAAAAUAUAUAUAUAAAAUGACCAUUUACCAGCGCUUUUUUAAGAAGCGCUGGUAUAGGGGGGGAGGAAAAAAAAAUUAAAAAAAAAACUAAAAUAACCUUACCAGCACUUUUUGGAAAAGCGCUGGUAAAUAUCUUUUACCAGCGCUUCUGCAGAAAGCGUUGGUAAAGGCCUUUUACCAGCGCUUUUACAAAAAGCGCUGGUAAAUACCCUAUGCCAGCGCUUUCUAGAAAAGCGCUUGUAAAAGGCCUUUACCAGCGCUUCUGGAAAAGCGCUGGUAAAGGCCUACCGACACAGGCUUUACCAGUGCUUUUCCAAAAGCGCUAGUAAAACGCUGGUAAUUGAAUUAGCAGCGCUUUUUAAGACUUUUACCAGCGCUUUUGAGCGCUGGUAAAAGCCAGAACUGUUGUAGUGAAUGGUGAAAAGUUUUUAUUUUUCUUUUUAUGAAGCAAAUAUAUACAAAAUGUAAGAAAAACAAAGAAUAACAUGUAUGAACAAAAUAUAAAAAGAAGAAUAAAGAAAGUAAAAUGCAAUCAAAGAAUAUGUAUAAUGCAAGAAAUGAAAAACAAAAAAUAUGUACCAAUUUUUAUUUUAUUAUUAUUAUUAUUUUUUUUAAGACAUGCAAAGAAAAACGAAAAAUGUAAGAAAGAUAAAGAAAUAAAAAUGAAAAUGAACAUGUAUGAUAUAAGAGAUAAAAGACACAAUGUGUCAUGUGGGUGCUAAGUUUAACGUCUCUAACAAGACGGAAUGCUACAUUGAAAAACCGUUUUUUUUUUUUCUUAGACAAAACAAAUAUGUACACAAACAAAAAUAAAAAGGCAAGUAAAUAACAAUGCAAGGAAAUAAAGAAUGCAAAGAAUAAUAAUUUAAAAAUUUUUUUUUUUUCUAAAUUAAGAAAAAUUAAAAAUUAAAGUUAAAUAAAAUAUUUUUGGAUUUUUUUGGAAAUAAGUUAAAAGGAAAUAAAUAA